AUGUCGUCCCCUUUGCCCUCCACUCCUCAAUCGGAGGUCUCCAAUGGCACCUUGCUGCCCACCCGCCCCGCGCCGAAGCUGUUCAGCAGCCAGGACGGGAGCUCCGGCACCGGCACCCCCAUUGGCUUCCAGCGCUAUCCUCACAACAAGCACCUCGAUCAUGUCGUGGGGCCCAGCUCGCGGCAACCCUCGCCGCAGCCCACCCACCUGGGCAUUCCGGGCACCCCGUCCCCGCACCGGGUCCUCUCUGAGGAGGACCCCGGCUACAUUGCGGCCACUUUUGAGGGCAAGAAGAAGCAAAUGGAGCAGGUGAUGGACCAAUUGGAAGAGAAGGGCUUCUUCCCCGCCGAUUUCAUCGAGUCCGAGACCACCUGGUUCUAUAACAUGCUCGGCAUCGACGACACCUACUUCCAGACCGAGUCCGUGGACGCCAUCGUCACCCAUAUUCUCUCGCUCUACGCCGCCAAGGUUGCUGCCUAUGCGCGCGAUGACAAGCAGCUGGAGAUUCGCCUCGAUAAGGAGGCCGAGGACCACGCCGUCUACAUCGAUACCAGCAAGCCCGGUGUCGCCUCUAUGGACGGCCCCCGCUACGAGCAGCGUAUCGAUGAGAAGUACAUCAAUGCCUCCAAGGGUGCCAACAGCUACCGUGUCGAGACCUUCCGCUCGCCCACCACCCUCCCCGGUGACAAUGGCCAGCAACUGCGCUGCUACUUCGUGUACAAGUGUCAGUUCGCCAACCCCAACCCGUCUCCCAACGAGACCAACAUCGAUAUCAUCGGUGAGAAGCGCUUCCUGCAGAAGGCCACCCCCAACACCAAGGCCGUCUACCAGGAGAUCAUCUCCACGGCGGUCAGCCGGACUGGUCCCGUCAUCGAGAUGUUCGAGAUCGAGGGCAGCCGCGAGAAGCGGGUUGUCAUUGCCUACCGUCAGGGCUCCGCCAUGGGCCUGUUCAGCGCUCUGUCGGAUCUGUACCACUACUACCGCCUGACCAGUUCGCGCAAGUACCUCGAGCACUUCUCCAACGGAAUCACCGUCAUCUCCCUCUACCUGCGCCCCUCAGACUCCCCCGAGAUCUCGGCCAAGUACCCGCCCAUUGAGGCCGCCAUUCACCAGAUCAUGAAGGAGAUCUCCCUGCUGUACUGCAUCCCGCAGAACCGUUUCCAGGGCCACUUUGCCACGGGUCGUCUCAGUCUGCAGGAGACUAUUUACGCUCACUCCGCAUGGGUGUUCGUGCAACAGUUCCUGAACCGUCUGGGCUCGGAAUACACUUCUCUGUCUGCCCUGUUGGACUCCAACAACAGCGUGCACGCGGAGCUGCUGUCGAAGAUCAAGAAGCGUCUUCGUACUGAAACCUUCACGGCCGACUACAUCUUUGAGAUCAUCAACCGCUACCCCGAGCUCAUCCACAAGCUCUACCUGGACUUCGCCAACACCCACUACGUCCAGACCCAAGGUCCCACCGGCGAUGACUUCCUGCCCACUCUCUCCUACCUGCGUCUCCAGGUCGACGAGGUUCUUGACAGCAACAAGCUGAAGCAGCUGAUUCGCAGCUCAGCAGCCAACGAGCACGACGAGAUGGUCAUGACCUCCUUCCGCGUCUUCAACGCUUCUAUCCUCAAGACCAACUUCUUCACCCCGACCAAGGUCGCUCUGAGCUUCCGCUUGAAGCCGGACUUCUUGCCGGAGCACGAAUACCCGCAGCCUCUGUACGGUAUGUUCUUGGUCAUCGCCUCGGAAUUCCGCGGUUUCCACCUGCGUUUCCGCGACAUUGCCCGUGGUGGUAUCCGUAUCGUCAAGAGUCGCAACAAGGAGGCCUACAGCAUCAACUCCCGCUCGCUCUUCGACGAAAACUACAACCUGGCCAAUACCCAGCAGCGCAAGAACAAGGAUAUCCCUGAAGGCGGUGCCAAGGGUGUCAUUCUUCUCGAUGUCGACCACCAGGACAAGGCGCGGGUCGCCUUCGAGAAGUACAUCGACAGUAUCAUGGAUCUGCUCCUUCCUCCCGUUAGCCCCGGUAUCAAGGACCCCAUCGUUGAUUUGCACGGCAAGGACGAAAUUCUCUUCAUGGGCCCUGACGAGAACACCGCUGAGCUGGUCGACUGGGCUACCGAGCACGCUCGUAGCCGUGGCGCCCCCUGGUGGAAGUCCUUCUUCACCGGUAAGAGCCCCAAGCUCGGCGGUAUCCCCCACGAUACCUACGGUAUGACCACCCUCUCGGUCCGCCAGUAUGUCCUGGGUAUCUACCGCAAGCUCGGCAUCGACCCGUCCACCAUGCACAAGCUGCAGACCGGUGGUCCGGACGGUGAUCUGGGCUCCAACGAGAUCCUGCUCGCGAACGAGAAGUACGCCGGUAUCGUCGAUGGCUCUGGUGUCAUCGUCGACCCGCAGGGUCUGAACCACGAGGAGUUGAUCCGCCUCGCUAAGAAGCGCGCCAUGAUCUCCGAGUUCGACCUGACCAAGCUCUCGCCUGAGGGUUACCGUGUUCUCGUUGACGAGAAAAACGUCAAGCUGCCCAGCGGUGAGGUUGUUGCCAACGGAAUGAUCUUCCGUAACACCUUCCACCUCCGCCACACUGAGAAGUUCGACGUCUUCGUCCCCUGCGGUGGUCGUCCCGAGUCUAUCGAUCUCUCCACCGUCGGCAAGCUUAUCGUCGGCAACAAGUGCAUCGUCCCUUACAUCGUCGAGGGUGCCAACCUGUUCAUCACCCAAGACUCCAAGCUCCGUCUUGAGAAGGCCGGCUGCAUUCUCUUCAAGGAUGCCUCCGCUAACAAGGGUGGUGUCACCUCUUCCUCCUUGGAAGUCCUGGCCUCUCUCUCCUUCGAUGACCAGAGCUUCGUCGCCAACAUGUGUGUCGGCGAGGAUGGCACCGUGCCUGAGUUCUACAAGGCCUACGUGAAGCAGGUCCAGGAGAUCAUCAAGGAGAACGCCACUCUCGAGUUUGAGGCUAUCUGGCGUGAACACGAGCAGACUGGUGUCCUGCGCAGUGUCCUAUCUGACCGCCUCAGUGUCGCGAUCACUAAACUUGACGAGGAGCUGCAGCAGACUGAGCUGUGGAACAACCUGGCUCUGAGGAGAUCUGUUCUGAGCGACGCUCUACCUCGUCUGCUCCUAGAUAAGAUUGGUCUGGAUACUAUUCUGGAGCGGGUUCCCGAGAGUUACGUCCGCGCCAUCUUCGGCUCUCACCUGGCUAGCCGCUUCGUGUACGAAUACGGCAACAACCCCAGCCAAUUCUCCUUCUUUGACUUCAUGAGCAAGCGCCUGGCCAAGAUCCAGUCUUAG